AUGCAAUACAAAAGAUGUCGUCCGCUAUUAACGCUGACAGCCACACUAUCAGCUGAUCUUGUGAAAGGAUCACUGCUACUCAUUGCAGCAGAGAAAGUAUGGCCUGCGAUAACAAAGAAAAACGGCAAGGACCAUGACGUUCAGGUUUCCACCAUAGCUAAGAGCAUGCCUCACGACUGCUCAAAGGGCACAAAGAUUCCGAUAUGGAAGGAUAAAGACGAUAUAGCGGACUGUUCAACAUAUCGGCUUAUCCUGCUGAUGAGCCACAGUCUGAAGAUGUUUGUACUAUUGUUUGUACUAUUUUGUACAUACCGUACGCAUUUUGGUGGAGAAAUAGAGGAAGAAAAGAGAGCUACAUGCGACUUUCUUGGAAAUGGAGGAAGCUUCCGACGAGGUGCUCUAUGGUGCCCUAUGGGCCCAAUAGGAAUAGGCGUUCUCUCCUCUACUCUUCAUCACAAUCAUGGACGCAGCGAUGGAAGGUUUCAAGCGACAGCUCCGCGGGGUUCCCUGUGUGCAGAUGAUGUGGAGUUGAUGGGGGAAAACAGAAGGACUUGGAGAAAAGGUAAAGAGAUGAAGGAUCAACUGAAUCGUAUUGCUUAAGC